CACGGCUACGGCACCGGCGCACCGCCCACGCCAUUAUGUGUUGGACCAGAUCAGAUCAGAUAACCUUGGAAUGCAGCCGGGCAUUCAGGGGCAGCCGUCUUUGACGCAACCCUCACCGUCUGUCUCGGGCGACUAACAUCCCCUCACCUGCCGCCACGCCCGCCCAUGUUAACGACCCCACCUUCCACAACGGGCACACAGUCCCCGGCCCCAAAUUGGGGAGGGGCAGCUCCAACUGUGUCGAGUCGGGACGCGCAUGGCCCAGCUACACAGUACUCCGUACUCCGAGCAUCCAAUGCAUUGACGAGCUGGACAACUGCCAUGUGGCUCUAACAACUCCCGCACCGGGCAUUGACAACACACCGCAACACACCUCAACACAUCUCAACCACAUCUCUUGUCUCGUGUCCUCCUCACCCCCAUCCUCCUCCUCCUCCUCCUCCUCCUCCUCCUCCUAACAACCAACCAAGACGUCGUCGACUCAACACCACAACCGCCGCCACCAUGUCUGCUCCCGUCAUCCCCCCCGGUGGUACCUUCUUCGAUGCCAACACCUUCAAGCGCUCCUUCGUCGACGUCCCCGUCGACGCCGACAAGAACAAUGCCAUUGCCACCAAGGAGUUCAUUGAGGCUGCUGAGUCUCUGACUCCCAUCUUCGACCUCCUCGGCCCCACCACCUUCUCCCUCGUCAAGAACGACAUGAACGGCAACAUCACCAAAAUACAGCAGCGCUACACAGAGGCCGCCGCAGAGUCCGCCACCCUGCAGGAGCUCGUCGUCAACGAGCUCAAGUCCAAGAAGCACGUUGCAACCGAGGGUCUCUUAUGGCUGACCCGAGGACUCGAGUUCAUGUGCCUCGCCCUCAACGCCAAUGUCAACAACAAGACGGAAGAGCUCGCCACCUCCUUCCGCAACGCCUACGGAAACACCCUCAAGCCCCACCACAGCUUCGUGGUCAAGCCGCUCUUCAGUGCCGCCAUGAGCGCCUGCCCCGCUCGCAACGACUUCUACAAGAAGCUGGGAGACGACGAGGCAAAGGUAAACGAGCUCAUGCAGCAGUACCUUGGCGCCCUGGACAAGAUCGUCGGCAUCCUGAAGGCAUUUGUCAACAGUAAGGAGGCAAAGUGGUAGAAAGACUCCAAUGCCCCACCCACCCAUGUCUUUCGCCUGCGGGCCAAGGAGGAUGACUGUGUUGCUGCUCAGGGAAACAAGGGAGACUCCAUUGUAUGGCCAGCCGCGAUAUCACGGCCUGGGGACCACCCUCGGCUGAAUCUAUAAGCACAUCCUCGUCCUAACUCGCCUAGCUAUGGCACCACGACGUAUCCCUGCCCGGGCCUUAUGACCUAUGCCACAUGUUGAGAUAGCCAUGAUCAGAGGCUGUCAUGGCCAUACUCCCGCCUCGCCACCCUUUCACAUAGCAACUUGAGCGUGUCGCCAGCCCACUCGAAAUCGUCCAUGUCCAAGUAUACUUGAGCGCUCAAGCGCGCCCAGAACCUUCCCGCGUGGUAGAACAGCGGGAUGAAGGUCUGGUAGUCAUCCACAAGGACCUUUGUCAUCCAGGACCAAGCCUUCUGGGCGUCCUCGCGCGGGAUUGCGAUAUCCUCGGCUCUCCUCCGUGCUUGGGACUGUUGCGUGUCCGAUCCCGGCGUUUUUGGCUGUGCUGCGGCAUCCUGGUCAUCGGCCCGCCCUGCUUCGGCCUCAUCUACCCUGUUCACCGGGCUGGCGGAGCCGUGAACAAUGGGCACGACAACGAGCGGCAUCGCGACGUUGACCAUCGCACAAUGCUCAUGGCGGUCCUUCCCGUUCUCACGCCCGAGAACCCACGUCUUCAGCUUCUCCGAGACGCUGGCUCCGCCUUCGGAUGCCAGUGAGCGCAUGUAUUCCUGAAUCCUCGCCUCCCCGCCCAGGACCUUCUCACGAAACUCGAGAGCGUCCUUGACACACAAGUACGGAGAGUUGUCCAGAGUACCGACAUACUCGAAGGCGUUCACAAAGACGCUCUUCGCGCUUGGCGGAGGCGCAUUCGUUCUCGGUGUCGCGCCGGGUGGUGAUAUGUAACCAUGCGAAGUUGGCACAGUCGAGCGAAUGAGGUGCUGGUUGCGACGGGGCACGUAGAACACGGCACACCCGCGAGGCACUAGGAGCCACUUGUGACAGUUCGAUACAAAGAAGUCUGGGUCCAGGGUGGUCAUGUCCAACUCCAACAUGCCAAUACCUUGGGCACCGUCGACUAUCGACAGAAUUCCCAGCUCGCGGCACACACGAACCAUUUCUUGAUAGGGAAAACACACACCCGGCACCGAGGAAACGACAUCAAAGACUGCGGCGCGAGGUCUCUUGAGCUGGCGGCUUUCCUGGACAGCGUGCCUGAACUUGGCGAUGAUGGCCUCGUCCGAUAUGGGGUAUGUCAGCUCGACGGACCUGCUAGAAACCCUUCCGUAUGUCGAGUCGACGACAUAGUCUACCGUCUUGCUGAUGCCGCCGUAGAUGGUAGAAAAGUGCAGUAUCUCGUCCAGCCCGUCAUCAGACCAGGACAAGUUGCGCAGGACUUGUGGGCGUGUGACAAAGAGGCGUCAGCUCAGGGCCUUCAGUAAAGGGCCUAACAGGCCGCCGUGAGACUGACCUGUGUUGAGCCCGACAGUGGCAUUAGCCACGAAGACGACUUCAUCUGUAUAGGGCGCAUUUAUGAGUCUGGCAGCGGCCUCGCGGUUCUCAUCCAGGAGUGCAGGGAAGUCAUAACGGAUGAACUGGUCAGGGCGGCGCUCGUGGAGAUUCUGGUAAUGCCGCAGCCUGUUCUGAAUGUGCACGGGGAUCGUCCCAAAGGAGGCGUGGUUCAAGUUGCGAUAGUCCCGAUCGAAGAGAAAGUCGCUGUCCCGGAGGCUCUUGCCGAAAUCCAGGGGUAGUCUUCUUUGUUGGCCUACAUCUUGUUCUUUCCCUCCCACGCUUGACUGUGAGCCUUGCUUUCGGGCGGCUGGUGUUCGCGUCAUUCUGAGCGUAGAUGUGGUGGACAAUGCGGGUAUGCGGGCUUCACAACCGUAGUGUUGUUAGGCAGACAUUAUCAUCCAGUCCCGUUGGACAACAACAGCUCGAGAUGCGGGUAGACCCGAGCCCACUGAUGAUGUUGGGCCGCCCGGCCCGGGACCGGACCGGAGAUCAAAACAGUGGAAUCCGCGAAGGUCAUCCUCCUACCAUCGCAACCACCCCUGUCUCUCGGUCUAAGUUUUCUUGCUCGUGUUGCGGAGUGCAUCUGGGCAACGCAGAUCGGAACCUAACUCGAAAAGUCGACGCUUCUGAACGAGCUUAUAGGAGUUGUUGAAGGGCGGAUUGGCUCUGUUGUAAAUGUGUCUUCUAAAUUGUACAGCCAAGCCGGGUAGGGAACACUUGCCGGGCGAGAUCCGUAAUGGUCAAGUAAGCUAUGCACACGACGAACGCCACGCCGUCACCCUGUCUGCUUGUGCAAGGUGACGGGCAUACCUGGCGGGGCAUGCCGAGGAUCUGCCAUGUUACCAGGCUUCGGAACCAAGAUAUAGUGGCCAAGGAAUUAACCAAG